CUGCUGGUCAUGGGAUUGGCCAACGGUGGUAAGACCACACUGGUGAAUAACCUCAAGCCGGAGAAGGACCGCGACCCGCCCGAGUUCGUCGCCCCCACCGUCGGCUUCAACGUCGAGCGCUUCACCCUGAACAAGUGCAAGCUCACCGUGGUCGACAUGUCCGGGCAGGGCAAGUACCACGAGCUCUGGGAGUGCUACUACAAGGACAUACAGGCGAUUAUCUUCGUGGUGGACGCGGCGUCGUCCGCCGAGCAGCUCGAGGAGAGUAAAUCCAUGCUGGCGACCAUGCUGUCGCACAAGGACCUGAAAGGGACGCCGCUGUUGGUGUUUGCAAACAAGAGCGACUUGCCAGAGGCGAAGGGCGCCGCGGCGAUUGCGAGCGAAGUGAACCUGACCGGGGCGGUGUGCGAUUCGAGAGCGUGGCACAUAGGGGCGUGCAGUGCACUGACCGGGGACGGCAUCGACGGCGGCAUCAAGUGGCUCCUGGGCAAGAUUUAA